GAAAGCUCGGCACUCAACGCCGCUUUCCUUCUUCCCCCGUUCUCGGCUGCUCUCCCUCCCUCCUCCCUAUCCGACCGCCAUGGCCUCCGCCCCUGCCCUGUAUCACACCCUGCUUCACUUUCUCAACCCGAUCCAUUCUCAUCACCUAUCCUCUCCCCCCACACGCCACCGCCACCGCUGCCUCGCCCUCUCCUCCGCCGCCGCGCGCCUCCCCAACCCCGACGCCGCCUCCCCCUCUCGUUUCGGCCAGGGGAGGAGAGCCAGCGCGAGCCAACUAGCGUUCGAGACAGAGGAUGGGGAGGAGACGCCUCUAGCGUUCGAUACAGAGGAGGAAGAGGAGACACCUCGGUGGCCCGCUACGCAGGCGCAGUCUGACGACGAGGAUGACGAGCAGGAGUGGGCCGGGGGCAAUGGCACGGCGGCGCACGGGGAGGAGGAGCAUUACGGCGGAGAUCCGGAGGCCGAGGAUGGGAGCGGGUGGACGCGGCGGCAGCCGCGGCCGCGCGAGAUGUUCGUGUGCAACCUGCCGCGCAGGUGCGGCGUCGACGAACUGCUCGAGCUCUUCGGGCCAUACGGCACCGUCCUCUCCGUCGAGGUUUCUCGUGAUGCCGAGACUGGGAUUAGUCGAGGAUGUGGCUUUGUUACGAUGCGUUCUCUUGCAGAAGCUAGAACAGCUAUCAAUGCUCUCGAUGGAUUUGACCUGGAUGGGCGUGAGAUGUUUGUAAAACUAGCGGCUCACGUCGUUGCUAGUAGGAGAAAUCCCAGCCUGUCCCAUACACCACCCAUGAAGGACCAUAUCUUUGAAAGUCGAUACAAGAUCUAUGUUGGCAACCUUGCAUGGUCUGUUCAACCUCAACACUUGAGGGAGCACUUCACUCAGUGUGGAACUGUUGUUAGUACAAGGCUGCUGACAGAUCGCAAAGGAGGGAGAAGUCGUGUCUAUGGAUUCCUUUCAUUUUCUUCAGCCGAAGAGCUUGAGGCUGCUCUGCAGCUUAACAAUACGGAAUUUCAUGGACGGGAUAUCAUCGUCAGAGAAGCUCAUGUAAAAUCGCCAGAUACACUAAGCCAAACCCUUGAGAGUUAGAACCGGAAGCUACUGUGUUUAUUUUUGUUUGGCUUAUUUGCCAAUUGAGUUCAUUGUUCAGGCACUUUGCACGAGCGCAACUCAGUAGCUAACAUCUUCUGUAUGUACGGAGUAAUGUAGUGUGAUGUACCAUUGCAAUUUUGCCGAAAUACAAUCAUUAACAUGAAUGGACUGACUGGGUUGACCAUA